AUGGCCAAGGUGUUUGACGCUGCGGAAAUUGCGAAACACAAUACCAGCGAGAGUUGCUGGGUCAUCCUCUACGGCAAAGUAUACGAUGUGACUGAUUUCCUCUCUGAACACCCCGGGGGAGCCAGGAUCAUCCUCAAGUUAGCCGGAAAGGACGCCACCGAGGAGUAUGACCCGAUUCAUCCCCCAGGCAUUCUCGAGGAAAACCUCAGGCCUGAGGCGAUGCUGGGGACCGUAAGUCCGAAUGCAUUGCCCACUGUGAAAGGGGAACCGGUGUCGUCAACCAAGGAAGAGAAACAGGGACCCCCUCCGAUGGAGUCUCUUCUCAACAUGGACGACAUCGAACAGGUGGCCACCAAGGCCGUGAGCAACAAGGCAUGGGCCUACUACUAUUCGGCAUCAGAUGACAAGAUCACCAAACAUUUCAACACGGAGGUCUACCGAUCCAUUCUCCUGCGGCCGCGCGUUUUCAUUGACUGCCGUCGAUGCGAGCUCGACACGUCACUCUUGGGCCACAAGCUUGGGAUGCCCAUUUACGUCUCCCCCGCCGCCAUGGCGCGUCUGGCUCAUCCCGCCGGCGAGGCCGGGAUCGCAGAGGCUUGUCGCAGUUUCGGAGCCAUGCAGGUCAUCUCCAACAAUGCGUCCAUGACCCCCGAGCAGAUCGUUCAGGAUGCCGCCCCGGACCAGGUGUUUGGGUGGCAGCUGUACGUCCAGAUCGACCGCAAGAAGAGCGAGGCCAUGUUAGCCCGCAUCAACAAGCUCAAAGCCAUCAAAUGCAUCAUACUGACCCUGGAUGCACCGGUCCCGGGCAAGCGGGAAGAUGACGAGCGACGCAACUUUAUCGGCCCUUCUGCUCCUACCCCCAAAUCCGCCAGUGACACGUCCGGUGUUAGCGAGACUCCCGGUGGCGUGGGACGCACGCUGUUCGCCGGAACAGACCCAUCGCUGACGUGGCGAGAGACCUUGCCGUGGGUGGCCCAGCAUACCGACUUACCUAUUAUCCUGAAGGGUCUGCAAACGCACGAGGAUGCGUACAUUGCGUCCCUGCACACGCCGCAGGUCAAGGGCAUCAUCCUGUCGAACCACGGGGGACGGGCGCUCGACACCGCGCCGCCCGCAGUGCAUACCCUGCUGGAGAUCCGGAAGUAUUGCCCGGAGGUCUUCGACAAGCUGGAGGUGUGGGUGGACGGCGGCAUCCGACGCGGAACCGACGUUGUGAAGGCACUCUGUCUCGGCGCGAAAGCUGUGGGCAUCGGACGCCCUGCGUUGUGGGGAUUGGGAGCUGGUGGCGUGGAGGGAGUGAAGCGGACUUUGCAGAUUCUGGCCGACGAGGCCCAGACGUGUAUGCGGUUGUUGGGAGUGGAAAGGGUCGAAGACUUGGGGAGUCAGCAUAUCAACACGCGCCUGGUAGAGCAGCAAAUCUACGACGGACCAUCGGGAUUGGAGUCCAUCCGGGAUGGAUUCCGCGCGAAGCUAUAG